GGCAGAUGUGAAAAGACAACUCUACAGCGCAUUCAUUCUCAGCGGAAAUGUAUCAUUUCCCCGAUAUUUUGGUUUUUCUGUGUUUAUUCGCGAGCGGCUGCUUCUUUGGCUACUACUGUAAGUAUGCCUACGUGUAUAAUAAUCUCUGGAUCCAUUGGUAUGCAUUGCUUGGCGGCAUUGUAGCCGUAGCCUUGUCUGGCGGCUUAACAUUGAGGAAAUAUUUGCAGCGCAAAUAUAGUUAUGAGCAUUUCUAUGUGAUUUUCUAUGGGCUGGUAUGCUAUGUUAUCAGUUCUUGCUUUAUGCUGACAGACAACUUAAAUAUUUGCUUUUACUUCGGUUUCAUCGGCUUUGGCAAAACACUCAUACCCUGCUACAGUUACAUCAGCUUGCGCAGCUCUGCGCGUGGAGUUCGUCCAGCGCGCAUCGCAUUCGGCAACGCGUUGUACUUCAGCGGUUUAACACUGGGUUUUAGCAUAUUUAAUGAGUUCGAGGCGGCACUUUACGGUUGGAUCUAUCUGGGCAUUAUAUUGUCCAUGCUCAGUGGUGUAGUGUUGAAUGAACUGCUACAACAUAUGGGUCUUUAUAAUUACAAAGUAUCGUAUGAUCUUGCAUUCAAUUUGCUGAAUGAGGAGAAACUUGUAUUCCUACCGAGCAAAUCGAUUUAUGCGCUUUUCACGUGUCGCAAUGAUUUCUACGUCACACGAAACCGCCAAUGGUUGGUUGUGGGUAUAGCGUUGAUUUUGGUGCUGGAGCGUACGCUUAUAUACUCCACCUCUUAUCUGGAGUUGGCACGCAGCGCAACUUUUGCCUACCUGAUAACGCAAUAUCUGUAUCUACCUUUUCUGCUCUACGCAUCGGGUUGCUUAUUGGGGUGUGUUUUGAUGGUGCGUUACAAGCCGAAAUUGGUCUAUCUGAUGUUUGGCGUAAUUAAAAUCACAACACUCUCUGCGAUACUGGGUGUUUACGUGGAUAACUCCACGCAGGAAUGUUUUUACUUUGUAUGCUUCUACUAUGCAUGCAUUGGUGUCUACUCCAGUGUGGUGCUGCAAGUUGUACUCGAGUGUACGCCACUACUCUACACCGAGCUGGUACUCUCGGCGUUCUUUGUAAUGGAACUGCUUGUUUUGGAGAUGUUAAAGUAUGAAACGUUGGCGGAUGACGCAUGGCAUGAACUCCUCGGCAUUGGUAUAUUCAAUAUACUCUUGACUGCAGUAAGCAUUGCGCUUGUAAUUAUAUUUAUGCCCAACUCGUGCGGUCUUAUUGAGAUGCGUAAUAAAUUGAUGGGCAUCAAAAGACAGCGACCACAAACGCCACCGCAAACGAAUUUAUGGAAUACGAACUAUUUUAUGUAUCACGGCCUGCAACCGAAUGAUGUGAGAUGUGUGAAGUUGGAUGGGAAACGUGUGUUUCAGCAAUAUCCGAAAGACGUUGCAGAGAAAGAGGAGCUACCGAAUGUUUGUGAGAGGCUUGACAGCAUUGGCAGUGGAAAGGGAACAUUUUAUUGAGGGAGAGUAAAUUUUAUGCUAUCAUCAUGAGAAUCUAAGAUUUUACUAAGUUUUAAAACUACUUACCUACAUA